CCCAUACCUGGUUCCUGUGUGGACUAUCGAGUGAGCAGAUAAUAAUUUACUGAUGUGUUCUGAGCUAGGGAUGGACUCCUCAUCCACCGCCGUCGACAUGAGCGACGCCGCCGCCACGGCUGCCAUCUCGAGGACCGCCGCCUAUCGGGUCACCUCGUCUCUCCGUACCCAGGACGCGGUCGACGCCCUGCGCGCAAAGCACGGCGUGCCGACGGCCUACACCGCGCGCCCCGCCGGCGACCGGCGCGCCUGCAUGCCGCCGCCAGAGCGGGCCGUGUGCCUGUACGCGCACGCGUUGGAGGCCGGGGUGCGCUUCCCGCUGCACAGCUUCUUCUCCGAGGUGCUCACCCACUUCUGCCUCGCGCCGGGCCAGCUCACGCCCAGCGGGUGGCGCAUCCUCGUCGGCUUCGUGGUGCUCUGCCACGACGCCGGCGUGCAGCCAUCGGCGGGCGUGUUCUGCUACUUCUUCUCGCCGGUCGCAUUCAAGCUCAAGUGUUGGUACGGCUUCCAAGCAAAGAACGACGACCGCAAGCUCUUUGUAGAGGAAAGCGACCAGAAGCUCUUCACUGGGCUUUCGGCAUCGGACGAGGCGUGGAAGGGCAGGUUCUUCUUCCUGACAUCGCCGGAGCCAUGGCCGUGCCCCGUGCGUUGGGGCGAGCCGCCGUCGAAGUACAAGUACUCCCCCGUAUGCGUCGAUGAUCCAGUGCUCACAAGCCAGCAAAAGAAGGCGGUGGCAAAGCUACUGGACGCACACCGCAGUGACCGCACCGCGGUUAAUCUCCGGAUUUACCUCUCUGAUACCAAACUUUCAGCAGCUUUCUCUUCCAACCUCGCCUCACCACCACCACCCGGGCCUGCCCUUCGUUCUACUGGUGCCAAAGAGAUGGAUUCAUCAGCGGCGAAGGUGAAAACUGAGCCGGACGGCGACACACCGACGGUAUCCCUGAAGAAAAGGAAACACGAGGAGGCCGCAAUUGCAAAAGACAGCCUUUGCCGUUCUGAGCAGAGCACGCAGCAUGCUGCCCAUGGCUGCUCGGCCUCCGCGUCCGGCUUGGAUGCCCCGCCAGGAUUCAGCCCGGAGGCACGGCACUCGCCCGUGCCCGCCACACACGACGGCGACAGCGCCGACUGGGAGGCCUCGAGGAAGAUGCUGGAGCGCAUCACCACGCCGUCGUGGGAGAGUGAGUUCGCCGCGGCAAAGCCGUCCGAUGUCGUCGCGUCGAGCUACUCAGCAAUGAUCCGGGCCGCGAACUGCGCGUCGUUCUCCUUCGGCUACGCACUGGAGCUGGAGAAGAAGCUGGCGGCGAGGGACGAAGAUAAUGCCGCUCUGCGGGUGCAGCUCGUAGAGCUGGAGAAGAAGCUGGCGACGCGGGACAAGGAGAAUGCGGCUCUGCAGGUGCAGCUGGAGAGCGCUAAGGCCAAGCUUACCGCGGUGAAGCGCACAGUGGAGGCGGAGGUGAAUGCCAAGACGACGACGGUGUAGCAGUUCCUGCGGUCCGAGAAGCAUACGCCGAGGACAUGAAGCCGCUCUCAGGAUAUACCCGCGCUUACUUUAGCUUGUGUCUACGGUUUAGUUUGUUCUUUUGUGCGUGCAAGUUCAGAAGUACUCCGACUCUCUGAACUGACUUGUUUUCACGGAUUCAACGGACUGGGAAUAGGUGGCAGUUUUUUAUUGGAAAUUAGGAGUGAGGCGGGGCCAUCCCCAUGAAAAUCAGGGGGGAGAAGAUUAAUUAGUGUUGAGAUAACUGUGAGUUGCCUGUAUUCCUCCGUGCGUCUCAGAUUAUCGCUCUGAACUAGUACUAUGCUACUCUUUUUUUUUGGAACAAGUACUAUGCUACUUUGGUUCUGUAAU